CAGUUUCUAUUCUCCCUUACCAUGGCAGCAGUUUCAUUUCUUCUCUAUCAGCUGGAGAGUGUAUAAAAAGAUGGGCUGAGCAGUCACUGAGUGCUUCCCUGGAAUUCUCACCAGCAGAAAGCAGCAUGUCUGACCGCAACGUCCACAACGCUGGCUUCACUCCCUCUGGGAUCACAGGAGGAUCCCUUGCUUCAUCACUGAUGUCCCAAGAAGCCAGAGCCUCAGGGGGAGGUGUGCCUUCUGGUGGCCCCACUUCUACUCUCCAGGAAAUGGGUGCCAGGGGCACAACCCACUCAUCAGGUUAUACCAGCAGCGGGAUCUCUGGUGGAUCCAGGGCCUCUGACACAAUGUCCAAGGAGGCCACAGCUCAUGGAGGUGGAGUUCCCAGGGGUGGCACAACUUCCACUGUCCAGUCCAUCGCCAUGGGUGGAAAAGGAGGAAGACGCUGAAUAGAAGAAAAACAUCAGUCCAAACCUGCAAGCAGUUCAUCCUUCACCAUCAGCUUUGGCAAUUUCUCCCCUUCUAUGAUCUCCCUCUUAUGAAAGUCAAAGCUUUCCACAUGCACAAAUAAAGUUUCUGUUAAAAUGAUGGAUUGUUGCAUUAAAUUAAUGGGGACAGAGACGAGGUGCAGUUCUUUCCUGGAUUAAAUAUCCUCUGAAGUACAGACAAACGAAAGCCAAUGGAAGUUAGGGUACUUGGACUGCAAAGCUGCCUUAGGAAAAUCCUGGGUUGAGCAACAUUAGGCUCUUCAAUUGCAAGUAGCUUGCCAUGUUUAUUUUACAAUAAGUAAUUACAGUGCAAAAGUCACCCUGUUGUGAGAGAGAAACAUAGAAACACUCAGUAAGGGGCAGUUCCUUCUAGAUGUACUUCUAAUAGGCUAUCAAAUUAAAUUCUCCUUAACAAAGGAGACACAUAAGCAAACAAAAA